CCUAAUUCUAAAAAUGGAUGUUUCUGCAAACCUGAAGUACUUGCUGACAAAGCUAUCUUUGUUCAGUAACAUUAUGCCUUAUUUGGGCUAUUACGACCAAGUCUGUAUUAUCUACAUCAGGCUUUGUAAAGAGACCAAAGCUGUAUAUGAAGAAAAUAAGAAUUUGAUUCUUCAAGACCAGAAGAGGAUCCAUCCGUAUUUUACAAAGGAACUUCUUGAUAAUGAAAGAGAUCCCCGCUCAGAGAAGAUUUUGAUUAAAGAUUUUCCUUAUAGUUCUGAGAGAUGCCCUCUAUUUCGUGAACAAUUUUUAUGCCCACCAAUCGUUUUAUCAGAAAAUGAUACUAAAACUUGAAUGAAGAUAGGAGAUCUAGAUCCAAAGGUCACAAAUUUUACGAAUAUUAGGUUUGAUCACUUGGCAAACUACCCAAUUGAGGAGAACAUUCAGUUAUUGAAGAAGAAUCCCAAAGUCAAAGAUGACCAUUUUAAGAUAUCAGUUAAUGCAAAGUUAGAUAAUUAUGUCACCCUUACAAGAGGAAUUGCUCAGUGUGAAAAGAUCACUUUUGAUUACUACCAGAACCCUGAUUCCAUGGAUAUGAUCUUAGACAAGCUUGAAGAAGCAGCUAAGCCUAUCAGACAUCUCUCCAUUCCUGGUGAAUGUAUGGCUGAGGAGUAUAAAUGCACUGAUAUGUUGAAAGAUUCUGUCAAAGAACUCACUUUGAAGUAUACUCUCAUGGAUAUUAGAAAUUCGUUCAGAAAGGAAUAUGAAAGAGCUGUCAGCCUCUUCUCUAGAGUAGAGAAAGUUACUAUAUUCCUUGGCAGAGGAACAAUUACUAAUCUUAUGUGCAUCCUAAGACAAGAAGAAGAGAAGAACAAGAAAGUCACAAUAGUGAAUGCCGAUGGAAGGUUGAUCAGCCAAGUGUUUCAUUUCCAGCAAUCAGAGUAUCAGAAUGAUGCAGUAGAAGUCAAGUUCAGAGCUUCUCUGCAUGGAGUAAUAUGCAGGCCACAUACUGAUAGGAUUCAUCUUAUUCAUGAAAAGAAGCCAAUCGAUUUGGAUACUAAAAACCAAGACCAUAAUGAAUGAUAUGACAUAGAGUGCAGAUUAAACUUCCUCCCUCAGAUCGUGACUACAAGCAAAGGGACCUAUUUAGAAGUAAAGGAUGGCGUUGAGAAGAAAAUUGGAGGAUCAAUAACUCUAAUUACUUUUACAGCAGAAGAUCUCCAGGCAAAUGGCUUUGAAUCUUCUGAAAUUGCUGAAGGUUAUAUUUAUAUCCCUGUUGAAAAUGUAAAGAAGAUUUCAGUGACACCUCUUACUCAUGAUAAAGAAAAAUCUUCAAUGAUAGAGGAUUACGAUAUUCUUAUUAAAAAUUUGAAGGAUUGUGAAAUCAAUCUUACAGUGAUGAAUCCCUCUUGAGAUAGCUCAGUUUUAGAGAAUCUCUCGCUCUUAUCAAGUCAUAAAUUUGCUACCUUUAAUUUAGACCUGAGAUAUUCAAACGAGGCCUUGUUUGAGGAAAUUCUGAAGUAUAUUAAAGAAAGUGAUAUCCCAAAAAGAUUGAUGCUGCAUGUUUUCACUCAAAGAGAGUUGACUCGUGUUUUGGAAACAAUCUCUGCACUUUCAGUCAAGCCUGAAUUUAUUCAAAUUACGAUACACUGAGAAGCUAUUACAAAAAUCCCAAUCUUUGAGUUCCAGAUGGCCAAUCCAUUUAUUGAUUUGGUAAUCAAGUUCUUCACUUUGAGAGAGAAAACAAUCACUGGUAGACAGUUGCUUAAGAAAUUUUUGAAGAAGUAA